AGACGGGCUUUCAGGAUAGGCAAAGAAGUAGGAAGUUCAAUUCCGACACAUUUUGAGCCAUGGCGGCUGUUUUCCCUGCGAAUCAGGUGAUUGUGGUGGGCGGUGGCCUGGCCGGCAUGUCUGCGGCCAACACUGUGGUGGAGCUGGGUGGCCGCAGCUUGCUGCUGGACAAGUCCUCCUUCUGCGGUGGCAACAGCACCAAGGCCACCAGUGGCAUCAACGGCGCUGGCACGAAGACGCAGAAGACCAAGUCCAUUCCUGACAAUGCGGAGAUUUUCAUUGCCGACACGCUCAAGGGUGGAGCCAAGAAGCCUGAGCUGGCAAAGGUGCUGUGUGCCAACAGCGCGGCCGAUGUGGAUUGGUUGGUGGACAAGUUCGACCUUGACCUCUCCUUGGUGGCUCGCUUGGGCGGACACUCUCAGCCCCGUACCCAUCGUGGUAAGGAGCGCUUCCCGGGCAUGACCAUCACCUAUGCCUUGAUCCAGAUGUUGGAGAAGGUGGCCGAGAAGACGAACCGUGCACGCAUCAUCACCAAGGCGGAGGUCUUCAAGUUGGUCCAGAGUGGACGUUCGGUGGUGGGGUGCGAGUACCGCAAAGCUGGCAAGGUUGUGAAGGAGUUCGGCCCCAUGGUCUUGGCCUCUGGCGGCUUUGGCGCCGACUUCGGCAGCGACUCCCUGCUGGCCACCUACCGUCCGGACCUGCUGCAUUUGCCCACCACGAAUGGUGAGCACUGCACCGGGGAUGCCAUCAAGAUGGGCGAAGCCAUUGGAGCGGCGACCAUCGAUUUGGAGUGGGUCCAGGUGCACCCCACCGGCCUGGUGAAGCCGGAUGACCCCGAUGCCAAGGUGAAGUUUUUGGCCGCCGAGGCCCUGCGUGGUGUGGGUGGCCUGGUCUUGGAUGCCAAUGGCCAGCGCUUCUGCAACGAGCUGGGUCGCCGGGACUAUGUCACCGGAGAGAUGUGGAAGAACAAGCCUCCUUUCCGCCUUUGCUUGAACCGUGCUGCCGCAGAUGAGAUUAUUUGGCAUGCCAAGCACUACACUGGGCGAGGAGUGAUGAAGUUCUACCCCUCCGGGGAGGACUUGGCCAAGGACAUGGGGAUUCCUCUUCAGACCUUGGUUGACACGCAUCAGAAGCACUUCGAAGCGGCCAAGAAGCAAGAGAAGGACCCGGAUGGCGGCAACUUCCCCGCUUACCCCUCGGGCAAGACCUGGGACGAACCCAGCGGCAAGACCGGGAGCGGGAAGAAGUUCUUCCACAACAUCAUUGACGGAUCGAAGGUCGCCACGGAGCCCUUUUAUGUUGCUAUCAUCACCCCCGUUAUUCAUUACUGCAUGGGCGGUUUGGAAUGCACUGUGGAUGCUGAAUGCAUCGACAAGAGCGGCAAAGCGAUUCCUGGACUCUAUGUGGCGGGUGAGGCGGCUGGCGGCAUCCACGGCAACAACCGCUUGGGUGGCAACUCCUUGCUGGACUGUGUGGUCUUCGGCCGUGUGGCGGGCAAGGCCGCCUGCAAGUUCACCUUCGGGAAGGACGAGAAGUUCAAACCCUGCGCCUCCGCGUGGCGCGAGCAUCGGCGCGCGCCUCGGCACAUCCGAGCGCCGGUGCCGGUGGUGCCCGCCACGGUGGUGCCCGCGAGCCCAGGCUCCGGCUUUGGUGGCCUCGCGUGUGCCGGGCUUCUGGCACGGUCGGGUCGGAGGGUGCUGGUGUGCGAGUCGCACACGCAGCCGGGAGGAGUCGCGCACUCGCUGGGCCUCCCAGUCGUGGUGGUGGAACCUGAGUUCCAAAGAAAGGGCUAUGAGUUUGACAGCGGCCCCAGUGGGGAGGCCUGGAAGACUGAAGAGGAAGAAGUAAGCGAAUGCUUUGAGCUUAAGGAGGUCUCUGGGAAGGGGGGGGUCUUGGGAGAAGAGAGGGCUUUGGCAGUGGCCCUCCUGUCUGCGAGCUGUCCGUACCUCUUUACGACGCCAAUUCGAGAACGACAGGUGCAGGUCCAGCGCCGUGCCGCCCCGGCGGUGGCCCCGGUGAAGCCGACGACGGCGCCGGGGAUGCCCUCCUCGCCGGACCCACGGAGAAUGGGCGAGGCGGUGCGGUGGCUGAUGGAUGAAGAUGUGGAGAAGCCGCCAGAAUGGCACGUCCUCCUUCUGGACAAGACCUUUGAGACCCGCAAGAACACCGUCUAUCGCGUGACCUCGUCUCUGAUGUCAGAGCUCCCUCUGUCCUUGGCCGAAGCGCGUUCGAAGGCGGAACACGCUCGAGACCAUCUCUUCUCAGUCCUAUCCACCACGCCCGAGUGGAACAAGGCCAUUCGCUUGGCCCAGUCCUUGCAGCGCUUGAGCCUGGCGGUGCGGGUCGUUCCGGGCUUCGACCGAGAAGCCUUCCGGAAAGGUUUUGUGGAGAGCCCUUUUUGCUGGAUCCAGCGGUACAGCAGAACAGCUAUGACGAUGGCGGAGGAAGCGCCGGCUGAACAGGCCAUUGUCUUCCAUCUCGAGGUGCCCGGGGCACAGGGCCUCCCAAAGCCGGACGUGACCUACGUGCAGAUCUCGGGCUUGGGCCUCGAAGAGGACUAUGCCUCUGAAGCUCAGGUGGAGGAGUCCACAGAGCCAGGCCCAUGGCUGUUUCAAAGCUUGGAAGCCUUGGCAGAGGCGAAACGCCUGAAAGCUGAGGCAGAGGCAGCGCAAGGGAAGAAUAAGCCGAAGAAGGAUGCCCAGGACGAGUCCCGCCCGGCAUCCAUCGAUCCACCCACCGCGGUGUGUCGCAUCGCGCGGCCCUGCAAGAGCGCGCUGGAAAGGCAGCGGCUGCUGGACAGCGCCUGCGCGCCCUUGCGCGUGAAGCUUUUCCGCACGGGUGGUCAAGAGCUGGGCGAAGCCUCGAUGCAGCUCACGCAGCUGAUCCACGACACGGCAAACCUGGAGGUCGACCUGGAACUGCACUGGUCGGAGGCCUUGGUGAACGAGCUGAAGGCCGACUUCGACGAGGCGGUGGCAGCGGAGGCCGCGAAGGCGGAGGCCGAACGGGCUGAGGCUGCGAAGGCCGAGGGUGAGGCCGGCGAGGAAGCGGAAGAGGCGGUUCAAGACGAGCCGCCCCAGUUCAAUGCUCCUCCUCCUGGCCGACUCUUCUUCAAGAUCUCCACAGCCGCACCCAUGGGGCGCAUCCUUUGCCCCGAAGAUUUGCACGACUGGGCGGUGUUGACGACCAAGAUCGAGGGAAUUUACCACCUCCCGCAGAAACUGUUAGAGGCCGGUGGCCCCUUGCCGGAGCCUGGCACUGCGGAAGGGGUCUUGGAGUCACAUCCGCUACACUAUUCCAUCCGAAUCCUCGGAUGCGACUUCAAUGGUGGGCAACUGGUCCUGCCACACAUUGACCUGCCUCCUCCACCCGAGGAGCCAGAUCCAACGGCAGAACCGGGAGAUGAGGUGCCCCAGGAGCCAGAGGUGCCUGAAUCACCCACGGAGGCUGACAUUUCCUUCGAUAUUGGCACUGAAGAGUUUCAGGAGGGCCUCAUGCGUGCAGGUUUCCCGGCAGCUCGAAGCGAUGGCCCUGCUGUGUUCAGCUUCCUGUGCCGCCCACGCACGGGGCUCGGGGGCCGCAUCGGGUUGCAGGACUUCUUACGAUUGCUGGAGAUUAGCGUGCCGGCACCGGCGGAGCAGCUUCUAGAGCUGCACACCGCGCUGGUGGAGAAACAUGAGAGUCUGGAAAUGGCAUUUACCAAUCUGGAUGCAGAAGCAGAAGGUGCUUUGACGAGAGAAAGCUUGGCAGCAGGUAUCGAAGAGCUUGGAUGGUCCAAAUCUCCUGAGGAGAUUGAAGCGCUUUUUGUGGCUUUGGAUGCGAGUCGCUCGGGCUACAUUAGCCGAGAAGAUCUCCGCAUCCUCAGCAUGACCAAGCGCAUGAAGGACUUGGACACCGCAGCGCGGGCGCUUCGAUGGCUGGUGUCUGCGUGCGGCUCACGGAUGACACUUUUAGAGCAGGUGGAUGACCAGAAGACUGGCAGCAUCACGCGCGAGGCCUUUCUGGCCGCCGCUCAACGCCUGGGGCUGGCCGAAACGGCCGGAGUGGCAAUGGCUUUUGACUUCGCGCAGUUGUUGCAAGGCGCCGAAGCCUUGGAUCAUGAGACCUUUCUGUCUCUUGGAGCGCUGGAGGCGUCCAUCGAUCUGCCACAAGCCUUGGUGAAACUCGAGGAGCUGGUGCUGACGGAGACCGGCCCGGGCGCCGAGCCUGGUCAAGCGGCCAUCCAAAAGCUGCUGGAUGACACGGCCGAGAGCGUGAGUGGUCCAGAGUUCGUGGCGGGUCUACAACGCUUAGACCAGGACUUCGCCUCCCAAAGUGCUCAGAGCUUGUUCUUCCUCCUCGCUGCGGAGGGCCUCGGCACCUUGGACGCUUUAGCCUUCUCCUCGCUUCGCGCCAUCAACGCUGCAGCCCAGUGGCGACGCCUGGCGGAGUGCCGUCGCUUCGUGGAGCAGGGCUUCGGCGAGGUGGACCCCAAUGCCUUCCGCGCGCUCUUCGAGGGAAGCGUGGAGGAUCUGCAGGAGGUGGAGGAGGGCUUACCAAGUGUGCGCUUCGAGGGCAAGGUCCAAGCUUAUCGUGGCCGGGAGUGGUUGCAACGCUUGUUGAACACCUUGGGCGACGAGCGCGGCAGGGAUCCGGUGUCGGAUCCCCUCAGCAAGACUGGUGGGACUUGGCUCUACAUGUUCCCAGUCCUCUUGGGUCAGGAGAGCGCAAUGGACUUCAAGGAGCUACCCGAGGCUCAGGCUGGCCAUGGCAAGUUGGCCCGGUGGCAUCAUGCUCAGGCCUUCUUGGAUCUUCGGCGCCUCAUUGCACCCAGCCAGGGUCGGGGCCCGGAGCUCGAAUUCCGAGCCUAUCUAACCCAAGUGGGCGCGCAGCCAGACUUCGAGGCUGAGUGGUCUGCCCCCUAUCGUGCCUGUCAGACCUACGUGAAAGGAGUCAUCAGCCUCGAUCGGCCCUUGCAGCGGCUUUGCCCAAGGGAUGUUCAAGCACCCACACAGCCGAAUGGCGAGCCUUACAUCCCUGCAGCUCCGCCCAAGCGCCCACCCCCCACGGUGAACGAGGAACUGGAAAAGGAGGCGGCCAGUCUCAUCGCACGCCUCUCCUUCGACUUCGCCCGUUGGUGUUACGACUCCGGCUUGGUGGAGACGAAGAUCGUUGGACCGGGAGGGGCCUUGAGCCCGAAUGCUUUGCUCGGAAAGAAAGGCGUCUCCCGCAGGGCUUUCCUGCGAUGGCUGGAGCAAGAGGGUGAUGGCAGCAGUUUGAAAGAUCUGGGGCAAGCACUGCGGCCGGCCAUUGUGCGCCUGGUGCGGGCGGAGAACAAGAACGGACCUGCCUGUGGGUUGAGUGGCAAUGAGAAUGAUGCCAAGUACACCUAUCUUAGGGACUACAUCUCUCGGCACCUCUUCCGCGCGUUGAAUGGCGAAGUCCAGAAGCACCGCCGCCUGCGGGACGAACUGCUCUGGCGGAGCCGGACGGAGGCAGAGCCCACGACGGACAGCUUGGAGACCCCAGAUGCCAUCUUAAAGCGGCUGACCUUCGAGUACGAGCUCCUGGGUGAUUGGGCCCGGGCGAGAGAAGUCUAUGAGGAGUGGCUAGCAUUGGAGGCCAAUGUGGAGAAUGGAGAGGCUUGGCUGAGCUUUGCACGUUUCCUGAUGCGUUCCGAGCAAAACCAGCUUGACGCAGAGCAUGUGCUCAGAUAUGCACUGUCCUUGAGGACGGAGGAAGAGGGCCCUCACUUUCAGGAGGUGGCCUUUUUGGCUUGCCUCCUCGAAAAUCAUCGCUGGCCAUCCUUUUUGGACUCUGAAGGGGUCAGGUCAGCCCGCUUCGAGGCAGCCUUGGCAAUGGUCGAAUCCUACGCGGACGAAUCCUACGCGGACAGGAACGCCUUUGAGCGGAUGCCCAUGUACAUCAUGUUCCUCCUCUUCGCCGUAGAGGCGGCCAAGCUGCGCGAGGAAGCUUCAGGAGAAGUGCCCCAGGAGGAUGCGUUGCAGCUGGCGGAGCAGAGCGAUCGCCUGGCCGCAGAGGCGGCCAAGUAUCUGGAGUUGGCACGGGCCGCACCCGAGAAAUGGCAAAGUACGUUGGAUGUGCUUCCCACCUUCCCCGAGCUGCAGCACCUGGUGGCGCGGGAGAAGGUAAACCGAGGCGCACCGGAGGCGCCCGGCGAGCCGCCCGAGCCGCCCGCUGCCUGGCAGCCGGGAGCGCAGCCGCUCCCGGCCUUUUUGGACGCGGGGACGCUGCGCACGGAGCCGGAAGCGGAGGAUGCUAUCGCUCUGCAAGUGGUUGAUCUGUUGUUGCACUUCGGCGUGCCGGACUUGGCGGGCUUCCUGUUGGGAGAAGCGGUUCAGGCCUAUGGCUACCUCUCUCCCGUGACCAUUAUGUCAGAACGCUGCCAGAUUCAGAUGCUAAAGGCCGUGAUGCUUUCCAAGGAUUGGGGCAAAGCAGAGUCCGUGGUCAGUGACCUCUUCAAACGUCGAGGCGGCGACCGUCUCCCCGAAGCCCACGCACUCCUGGGCGAGUGCCGCUUCCGGGCCGCGCGGGAUGCCGGCUCAACGAGUGCUGGCUACGAGUCUGCUCUCGCAGCCUUCGACGCAGCCCUUUGCUUCAUGACGGAGGAGACUUCAGCUCCGAAGCAGGAUCCAGUGCUACAUUUGCGAGUUGGAAGCAUCCUUCACAUGAAGGCGGAGGAGGAAGGCUUUGCGGACGCUGCGACCGUUCAGCGUGCGGUGAAGCACUACAAGAAGUCCGCCAUGCUGGCCCCAACAGCAGAAGCCUGGAAGAACAUUGGUCUUUGCUGCUAUCGCAAGGUGAAGUUCGAGUCCUCGGCGCCGCGGCGAGAGAAGAAGUUGAAGGAGGCCAUCAAGUAUUUGCAAGAGGCCAACGUUUUGGAUCGAGAGCGUCCAGAAAUCCUGGCGUGGCUGACCAUUUGUGCUGUGGAGCUUGGUGAGGUUCAAAUUGCCAAACAAGGCUUCCGGCAACUGAUGCAGUUCGAGCAUCGCUUGGAGGAGCCGAUCGCCUUGGAGCUGGUCCAUGUGCUCCUCCGCUUUAGCAAUGAGCAGCAGGCAGCCUCGUGGGGCGGCGAGCGAGGCCGCCUCGUGCAGGAUGCCCGCUACUCCGCUGAGGCAGCGGCGCUCUGCAAGGUGCUCCUGGGCCGCGGCGAGAACGGCCGGGCUCGCUACAUCUUGGCCUGGUCCAAGUUGUUGGAUGGCGAGCACGGCGCGGCCGCCGGGGAGUUCUGCGCUGCCUUGCCCUACUUGGUGGAGGAGCCCAACUUGCUGGAAGAGGCGGCCAACAUGGCCCGGCAGUGUGCAUCCAUGAUCCCCGGAGAGCCGCACUUGGCGGCACUGGUGGAGGAGGCCAUUGCCGUGGCCUGCGAGGGUCCGGAGCCGCCGCUGGACGACGAGAGCGGCUUGGCCGACGGCCCGGAGGAAGAGCACGGGAAGGUUGACCCGGACGAUUUGACUCCUGUAGGUUGA